ACGCUCUCGUUUUCCUUUCCCCACUUUUCCUCCCUCCAUCGCCUCUGCUCCCCCCACUCCCCCCGUCCCGUCCACCCACCCCGCGGGCCCGAAAACCCUAGCCAGCCGCCGGCGGCGAAGCGGGCCCACCGGCGGCGGCGAAGAUGAGCGGCGGAGGCCCGCCCAGGAAGCGCAACUUCAAGAUCGAGGCGUUCAAGCACCGGGUGGAGCUCGACCCCAAGUACGCGGAGCGGACAUGGAAGGUCCUCGAGCACGCCAUCCACGAGAUCUACAACCACAACGCCAGCGGCCUCUCCUUCGAGGAGCUCUACAGGAGUGCCUACAACAUGGUGCUUCACAAGUAUGGCGAGAAGCUCUAUAAUGGCCUUGAGAGCACUAUGACAUGGCGUUUGAAGGAAAUAUCAAAAUCAAUAGAGGCUGCACAGGGUGGUUUGUUUUUGGAAGAGCUGAAUGCGAAGUGGAUGGAUCACAACAAGGCAUUGCAGAUGAUCAGGGAUAUUCUAAUGUACAUGGAUCGGACUUAUGUCCCGACAUCCCAUAGGACACCUGUUCAUGAGCUUGGUCUGAAUUUGUGGAGGGAUCAUAUAAUUCACUACCCAAUGAUCCAUGGUCGGCUGCUUGACACCCUUCUAGAUCUUAUUCACAGAGAAAGAAUGGGUGAAGUGAUCAAUAGAGGCCUGAUGAGGAGCAUUACAAAGAUGUUAAUGGAUCUUGGUCCUGCUGUGUACCAAGAUGAUUUUGAGAAACCAUUUUUGGAAGUUUCCGCUAGCUUCUACAGUGGGGAAUCUCAAGAGUUCAUCGAGUGUUGUGAUUGUGGUAACUACCUUAAGAAGGCUGAGAGGCGGCUCAAUGAGGAAAUGGAGCGUGUCUCACACUACUUGGAUGCUGGCAGUGAGGCAAAGAUAACUAGCGUGGUGGAGAAAGAGAUGAUAGCCAAUCACAUGCAUAGAUUGGUCCACAUGGAAAACUCUGGCCUUGUUAACAUGCUUAUAGAUGACAAAUAUGAAGAUUUGGGUAGGAUGUACACCUUAUUCCGAAGGGUUCCUGAUGGUCUAUCAACAAUCAGAGAUAUGAUGACUUCAUACCUGAGGGAAACAGGGAAGCACUUGGUGACAGAUCCGGAGAGAUUGAAAGACCCAGUGGAAUUUGUUCAGUGCUUGUUAAAUGAGAAGGAUAAGCAUGAUAAGAUCAUCAAUGUUGCUUUUGGCAAUGAUAAAACCUUCCAAAAUGCUCUGAAUUCAUCCUUUGAGUUCUUCAUCAACUUAAACAACAGGUCACCUGAAUUCAUAUCACUGUAUGUUGAUGACAAACUCCGGAAAGGACUGAAAGGGGCAACAGAAGAGGAUGUGGAGGGUAUACUGGACAAAGUCAUGAUGCUGUUUCGGUACCUUCAGGAGAAGGAUGUGUUUGAGAAGUACUAUAAGCAGCAUUUGGCAAAAAGGCUUCUGUCUGGCAAAACUGUUUCUGAUGAUGCUGAGAGGAGUAUGAUAGUCAAACUCAAGACGGAAUGUGGGUACCAGUUCACCUCCAAAUUAGAGGGCAUGUUCACUGACAUGAAGACAUCUCAGGACACCAUGCAGGAUUUCUAUGCCAAGAAAUCCGAAGAACUUGGUGAUGGUCCUACACUUGAUGUCCACAUCCUCACAACUGGCUCUUGGCCAACACAACCCAGCCCUCCCUGCAGCCUUCCACCUGAAAUCCUUGCAGUAUGUGAGAAAUUCCGUGGAUAUUAUCUUGGAACUCACAGUGGGCGGAGGUUAACAUGGCAAACAAAUAUGGGAACAGCUGAUAUAAAGGCCACUUUUGGGAAAAGCCAGAAGCAUGAGCUGAAUGUAUCCACUUACCAGAUGUGUGUUCUGAUGUUGUUUAACACUUCUGAUGGACUUAGCUACAAAGACAUCGAGCAAGCUACUGAGAUACCUUCCACAGACCUAAAGAGAUGUCUCCAGUCUCUUGCUUGUGUCAAGGGGAAGAAUGUUCUCCGUAAAGAGCCCAUGAGCAAGGACAUAUCAGAGGAUGACACAUUCUACUUCAAUGACAAGUUCACAAGCAAGCUUGUUAAGGUGAAGAUCGGGACAGUGGUGGCGGCAAAGGAAUCUGAGCCAGAGAAGCAGGAGACCCGCCAGCGAGUUGAGGAGGACAGGAAACCUCAGAUUGAGGCUGCCAUCGUCAGGAUCAUGAAAUCUAGGAGGGUCUUGGAUCAUAACAGUAUUGUAUCUGAGGUUACCAAGCAAUUGCAAGCACGGUUCUUGCCGAACCCUGUUAUCAUAAAGAAACGCAUAGAAUCUCUGAUCGAGCGUGAAUUCUUAGAGAGGGACAAAGCAGAUAGAAAAUUAUACCGCUAUCUUGCAUAAAAAGCCAGCAUGUGAAUGUUAAGAGAUAUUUCAUGAGCAGGUGGCUUCCUUGUAUUCCUGUAAACAUUUCCCCUUGUGCUUGAGUUCAGUGUUAUUUGUUGGGCACUGUCCACUGAAAUCAAUAGCAGUUAUUAAAUUCGGUUAUCGGUCGAUUGAAA